CAUUCCCAGUUUAGGUGGCAGUCACAACUCAUACUAUUCGGACAGAUGGCACAGAAACCGCUGCACCUCUUGGCUUGUGGAGAUGUUGAAGGAAAGUUUGAUAUUUUGUUCAAUAGAGUUCGAGCAAUUCAGAAGAAAAGGGGAAACUUUGAUCUGCUGUUGUGUGUAGGAAAUUUUUUUGGCUCCACCCCAGAUGCUGAAUGGGAGGAGUAUAAGACUGGCAUCAAGAAAGCUCCUAUUCAGACAUAUGAGCUUGGUGCUAAUAACCAGGAAACAGUAAAAUAUUUCCAGGAUGCUGAUGGAUGUGAAUUAGCUGAAAACGUUACUUAUCUGGGUCGUAAAGGUAUCUUCACUGGAAGCUCGGGGCUGCAGAUUGUGUACUUCAGUGGCACAGAGUCCUUAAAUGAGCCAGUACCAGGUUAUAAUUUUAGUCCCAAGGAUGUGUCCUCUCUGAGAACGAUGCUGUGUACAACCUCCCAGUUUAAGGGCGUUGAUAUCUUGCUCACAUCCCCCUGGCCCAAGUAUGUGGGGAACUUUGGGAAUUCUUCUGGAGAAGUGGAUACCAAAAACUGUGGUUCUGCUUUGGUUUCCAGUCUUGCCAUGGGCUUGAAACCAAGAUAUCAUUUUGCUGCUUUGGAAAAGACCUAUUAUGAGAGGCUUCCAGAUCGAAACCAUAUCGUUCUACAGGAAAAUGCACAGCAUGCCACCCGGUUUAUAGCUCUGGCAAAUGUUGGAAAUUCAGAAAAGAAAAAGUAUCUUUAUGCAUUCAGUAUUGUUCCCAUGAAGCUAAUGGAUGCAGCAGAACUGGUAAAACAGCCUCCGGAUGUCACUGAAAACCCUUACAGAAAAUCUGGGCAGGAAGCAUCCAUAGGAAAGCAAAUUUCUGCCCCUGUGGAAGAAUCAGCCUGUCAGUUUUUCUUUGAUUUAAAUGAAAAGCAGGGAAGGAAGCGUUCAUCCACAGGUAGAGAUAGCAAAUCUUCUCCUCACCCAAAGCAGCCUCGCAAACCACCUCAGCCUCCAGGACCCUGCUGGUUUUGCCUUGCUAGCCCUGAAGUGGAAAAGCAUUUGGUGGUCAUUAUCGGCACAGAUUGCUACCUCGCCCUGGCCAAAGGAGGCUUAUCUGAUGACCAUGUCCUCAUCCUGCCCAUUGGACACUACCAGUCAGUGCUGGAGCUUUCAGCAGAGGUGGCAGAAGAGGUGGAGACGUAUAAGGCCACACUGAGAUGGUUCUUUAAGAGUCGAAGGAAACGGUGUGUUGUAUUUGAGAGAAAUUAUAAGAGCCAUCACCUCCAGCUACAGGUCAUUCCUGUCCCAGUCAGCUGCUGUGCUACUGAUGACAUUAAAGAUGCCUUCAUUACCCGGGCCCAGGAGCAGCAGAUAGAGCUGUUGAAAAUCCCAGAGCACUCUGACAUUAAGCAGAUUGCACAGCAAGGAGCAGCAUAUUUUUAUGUUGAACUUGACACAGGAGAAAAGCUUUUCCACAGAAUUAAAAAGAAUUUUCCUUUGCAGUUUGGAAGGGAGGUCCUGGCCAGUGAAGCCAUCCUUAAUAUUCCGGGUAAGUCUGACUGGAGGCAGUGUCAGAUCAGUAAGGAAGACGAGGAGACCCUGGCUCGCCGCUUCCGGAAAGACUUUGAGCCCUAUGACUUUACUCUGGAUGACUAAACAAAGGUAAGAUCUUUUUAUGAACUUCAUAGGAAGUAGUAGAGCCUUUUUCUUUUUUUUUUUUAAUUAAAAGAAUUUUUUCGAGACAAGGUCUCGCUCUGUCACCCAAGCAGGACUGCAGUGGCGCAGUUGUGGCUCGCUGUGGCCUCAACCUCCUGGGCUCUAGAGUUCUUCCCACCGCAGCCUCCUGAGUAGCUGGGACCACCAGGCGCAUGCUACCAUGCCUGGCAAACUUUUUUAAUUUUGAGGUAGAAGGUAGAGACGGGGGUCUCCCUGUGUUGCCCAGGCUGGUCUGUAACGCCUAGGCUCAAGGGAUCCUCCGCCUUGGCUUCUUAACCUGCUGGGAUUACAAGCAUGAGCCACCAUUCCUGACCUAGAAGCAUAUUUUUAAAGAAACUACAAUCUCCCAUGGGGACUGUUUCCCCGCCUCUUUUGUGCAGUCCCAUGGAACUUGCCUGCAGCAAGAGGCCUAAGAUUGAAUCUUUUUGGGGAAAAGUCAUUCUAGGAUGAAAAUCCUAUGUUAAGGCUGGGCACAGUGGCUCAUGCCUGUAAUCCCAGGACUUUGGGAGGCCGAGGCAGGUGGAUCACCUGAGGACUGGAGUUUGAGACCAGCCUGGCCAACAUGGUGAAACCCCGUCUUUACUAAAACUACAAAAAUUAGCUGGGUGUAGGGCCAGGUGCUUGUAAUCUCAGCCACUUGGGAGGCUGAGGCAGGAGAAUGGCUUGAACCUGG